UUUGUGCUCGCGCACAACGGCAAAGUUGAUGGAUCGGCCCCUUCAAAAGAGAGAGAGAGAGAGAGAGAGAGAGAGAGAGAGAGACGGAUCGGCCGUUCCUCAAAGGAAAAACAAAACAGAGGGAUCGACCGGGAUUUGGGCCUGCGUCUUGAGGCGAACGAACCCUACCGAUCGACGCGACGGGGUGACGGCGCAGGAGCGGACGGACGCGGUGCCUCCGGCGACAAGUCCGACGACGACGAAGGACUUCCGUAAGAUACUGCUGAGUGCAAGAUGAACACGAACCGUGGGAGGAGCCGUAGUCCAGUUGAAGUCAAGGAUGACCACUCUAAGGGGAGUGACGGUUAUGGAAGGAAAGAGAACAUGAGAGAUCUACAGAAUGAUAGUCAUGCCAGACCAGGCAGAGGUCAUGAAUUUGUUAGGCAUUCUGAUAGGCAUUCCUAUGGGGCUUCACGUGAAUCCAGGAGGCAUGAUGAUUAUAGGAGGUAUCAUGAUAAACGUGCUGAUGAUGAAAGGAGCCAUCCUAGAACUUCCCGGCCAGAUCGGGAGUCAAGGGCUGACACUUACUAUGAUCCUUCAAAGCGUGAUGGCACAUCUGAUAGAUCACAUGGUGAUUGGAGAAAUGCUGACAGCAGGUAUGGGGGAAAAUCUGUUAAGCGAGAGCAGAGGAGUAAGAAUCAGGAAAAACAUGAGUCCCCGCGUGAAUACCAAAAACAUGAUAUCACAGAGUAUGAGAAAGAUGCUGAUUUAAGAAAGGAAACCCACUCUUCCAGAAGGUAUCCAGAGGAAGGUGAAAGUAAAAACAAGGAAAAGUUCAAGCAGGACGAGGCUCUAAAGAAGAGAAGUGGCAAGGAAAUUGAGAAAAGUAGCUGCACAGCAGAACCUGAGUUAGAAACUAGGCAGAAGAGAAGAAGCUUAUUCAGUUCUGUUGGUCCAGAUGUUGAAAAUGAACAGCACAUGGAAAUGGAUACUUCAGGAGGAAUUAAAGAGGAAGCAAUGAAUGAUCUGAAUGCAGCAAAAGUUGCAGCAAUGAAAGCUGCUGAAUUAGUGAAUAAGAACAUUGUAGGAUUUGGAGUCGGAACUGGGCGGCUAUCCACUGACCAGAAGAAGAAGCUGCUCUGGGGUAACAAAAAGAGUAACCCUCCAGAGACAAGUACCCACUGGGACUCAAAUCUGUUUUCUGAUCGGGAGCGCCAAGAGAAAUUCAACAAACUCAUGGGUGUGAAAAGCAGUGCUUCUGCCUCAGUUCAAGAGAGCAAGGCCGGCAUCAAGGAAGAGGGUCCGGCGGAAAUCAAGAAACAAGAGGAACUCGAUACGGACCUGGAGAAACUCUAUGUAGCAGGCCUGCGCCGGAGAGAUGGCCGAACCGUUGGUCUCGGCCUGUAGGGAACUCUGCCUGCAAGUGUCAAGUGCCUCUGAUGUACACGCUUCGUUGGCUUGUUUAUCCUUACAUGUGGAAAUUUGGCUGUCAGUUUUGCAUCGACUGUAGAAACGUGUUAUUAUAUUAUCAUCGUGUGUCUCAUAAACA